AUGGGAAACUCCUCUCAAAAAGAGGGGGAGGAGGAAAAGGAAAAAGAAAAAGAGGAGGAUGAAGAGGAGGAACAGGAUGAAGAGGAUACAGAAAAAGUGAAAGAAGAAGAGGUGGAACAAAAGCUCCCUGCGUGUUUUCAUGAGCGAAUCUCUAGUGGAGAUCCAGUGCUGGACCUGAGCCGGUUUCGUUUCCGAUACCUCCCUAAGGAAGUUCUGGACCUGGAACAUUUGGAGAAACUGUAUCUAUGUGAAAAUCGGUUUCGCUCUGUGUCUAAUGGCAUUGCUAAGCUGCAGAGCCUGCGCACUCUUGCACUUGACUUCAACAAACUGGAUGACGUCCCGCUGGGUGUAUGCCAGUUGGCCAACCUCACCCGGCUAUACCUUGGCAGCAAUCGGCUGAUGAGCCUGCCACCAGAUAUCAGAAACCUGCAGAGUCUACGUUGCCUCUGGAUGGAGAGUAACUACUUUCAGUACUUCCCCAAGCAGCUAUAUGAACUCCCUAACCUGCACUCCCUGCAGAUGGGUGACAACAAACUUAAGAGGCUGCCAUCAGACAUGUGGCGCAUGGAAGCACUGCGCAGCCUAUGGCUCUAUGGCAACCGCUUCACUGAGUUCCCACGUGUUCUUCUGAAGAUGGACCAGCUGGAGAUUCUGGAUUUAGACCGAAACAGUAUCUCAGAGUUACCCAGUCUGCUGCAGUUCCCAGCACUCCGACUCUUUUCCUAUGACCACAAUCCUGUGGCGGGACCACCGCGUUUUGGACAGGAUGUUCUAAUUGUUGGGGAAGGAGCAGCAGAAGCCUUGGAGGAAAGGGAGAAUAAAAAAGAAGCAAAGGAGCGAGCACAAAGAGAGGCAGAAGAGGCAGCUGCAGCCGCAGUCGCAGCAGCAAAUCCAACCAUCCAUGGAAUACUAAAGAAACUCAGAAUGAGCAAGUCUUUGGCAGCAGGUGAUGCAUCAGCUGAAGGGGAUGUGACAUUACAGGGCAAAGAAGAAGAGGUGGAGUCUGAAAGACAUACGAUGGAAUUUGAUGAGGGGGAACUUGAAAAUGAGGGUGAGGGUUACGAUGGUUAUGGAAGUGCAGCGCUGGAGUAUGAGCAAGCUGAGAUGAGCUAUAAGUAUGAAGAGGAGGAACCUGAGUAA